AUGAAGUUGUGGUGUAUGUAUUUGCCUUUUCUGUUAGCUUGUUUUGAGUUUUAUUGUGUAGAAAUGAACUUAUGUUGUUAGUUUUCUUGAAUGUAUUUGCCUUUUCUGUUAGCUUUUUUUUGAGUUCUAUUGUGUAGAAAUGAACUUAUAGUGUUAGUUUGUUUGAAUGUAUUUGCCUUUUCUGCUUGCUUUUGUUUUUUUGAGUUUAUUGUGUAGAAAUGGACUUAUGGUGUAGUUUUGUUGAAUGUAGUUUCCCUUUUCUGCUAGUUUUGUUUACUCUUUUUUGAGUCGAGGGUCUAUCGGAAACAAGCUACAUCUUACCCUUUCCCAGACCCCAUGGGGUAUAUUGUUGUUGAAUUGUGUAAAAAUGCACUUAUGGUAUAGAUUUCUUGAAUGGAUUUUCCUUUUAUACUAGUUUUUUCUUCUUCUCUUUUUCCAUUUUAUUGGGUAGAUAUAUUCUUAUUGUGUAAGUUCUGUUAAAUUAUGAUACUAGGGGUUGUUAAAUGUCGAUAUAUUUGCUAGAGACGGAGCUAUGUUUUGAGUUUAUGGGUUCUGGAUUCUAGAAAAGACAGCUUAAUGUGGUCUGGAUAAGUUAUUUUUACAUACUAAGUGAAUUUUCAAACACACAAAUGCAAAUUUUGUUACUAGGUUCUACCCGAACCCGCAGACAGGCUAGUAGCUCCACCCCUGCUUUGCCACACAUGAAUAUAUGAAUAUGAAUUUCCCUUUUCAUUUCUUCUUGAAUUUGAAUUAGAGAGAGUAUAGCAGCAAAAGUUUGCAUAUAGUUCUGGGAUUUUAGCACUUUGGGUAAAUAGAGGUAACUUUGGAGUACUUCGUAUUUUUGUUUUAUGUAAUAAUGAGUGAAAUGAGUUUAAAUGGAAUGACAUGAUCCAUGAAGAUUCAUAUAACUGAUUUGUACAUGCCCGGGAUUGAGGCAUAGUUGGUAUUAUUGUUUGCUAUUUUCAGCUUUUUCUUGUGAAAAAUUGACUUAGUAUGUUGAGAUCUAAGAGAUUCCCCUACCCACCCCACUCAAAGAUAAGAAAAGUUGGCUGAUAGUUGUUGGAGUUAGUUUGUUCUGCUUUCUACUUUUCUACUCUUGUUGUUUGUUUGGUAUGAUUUCAUUUAUUAAGAAAAAGAACCAACUCCCAGAAAGAGCCAAAACAGAAAGGAAAAAGAAAACAAGAAUGACUUGAUUCAUUGUGGACAACAAGAUGUCAAAUGAAACACAGAAACAAAAAGGUUGUUAAUUUGGUUUUUGCAUUUGACAUUACUCAAAGUAGUUCUCUUGAUUCACAGUGAACAUAACUUGAGAACUUGAACUACUCUCCAUUUCACAUUAUUUCGUUGUUGUUACUGCUCUAAAUUUUGUAUACCCUUUUUCAAACUACUUGGAAAUGCUGUAUUUUAAGCCGAGGGUCUAUUUGAAACAACCUCUCUGUCUCUACGAGGUAGGGUUAAGGUUUGCGUACACUCUACCCUCCCUAGACCCCACUUGUGAGACUACGCUGGGUAUGUUGUUGUUGUUGUUGGUGAAGUGCCUAUCAGUUGGCUUGAAUCUGAUAAACUAUCAUACGAGAAAGAUCUUGUUAUGUGUUACUUGACCCAAGGUCAGAAGCAACCUCUCUAUUUCCACGAGGUAGGUGUAAGGAUCUUAACAACAUUAUUUUUCUCAAUGCAAUAAAAGCAUUCUCACCAUUAAAGAUUCGUUUGGGCGGAACUUUGCAAGACAAAGUCAUAUACCAAACUGAAGAUCAUAAACAGCCCUGUGCCUCAUUUGUUAGAAACACAACAGAGAUGUUUGGUUUUACUCCAGGGUGCCUUCCCUUGUCUAGAUGGGAUGAACUCAAUGCAUUCUUUAAUAAAUCUGGGGCUAGUAUUAUUUUUGGAUUAAAUGCUCUAUAUGGAAGAUCGGUACACCCUGAUAGUUUAUCUGUCGGAGCGUGGGAUCCAAGCAAUGCUGAAUCACUUAUACGUUAUACUGUUAAAAAGGGAUAUGAUAUCCAUGGUUGGGAACUCGGGAACGAAUUGAGUGGUAGCGGAGUUGGAACCAGAGUAGCAGCAGAUCAAUAUGCAUCUGAUACUAUUGCCUUGCACAAAAUAGUGAAAGAUGCUUACGAGAAUUCUGAAACUAAACCGUUGGUCCUGGCACCGGGAGGUUUCUUUGAUGAAGGCUGGUUCAGGGAAUUAGUAAAUAAAGCUGGGGCAUCAUUUGAUGUGGCAACUCACCACAUAUAUAAUCUCGGUCCAGGAAGAGAUGAACACCUUCUUGAAAAAAUCCUCGAUCCAUCUUAUCUCGACGGAGAAGCUGAUACAUUUAGCAAACUUCAGAAUAUCCUCAAGACAUCUGGUAGUUCAGUGGUUGCAUGGGUUGGUGAGGCUGGAGGAGCUUACAACAGCGGCCGCAACCAUGUCACAAAUGCCUUUGCUUUUAGCUUCUGGUAUUUGGACCAGCUUGGUAUGUCAGCUGCCUAUGAUACCAAGACAUACUGUCGACAGACAUUGAUUGGUGGAAACUACGGUUUACUCAAUACGACUACCUUUGUACCAAAUCCAGAUUACUACAGUGCUCUUCUUUGGCACCGAUUGAUGGGAAGGAACGUUUUGGCAACGAGUUUCUCAGGGACAAAGAAAAUACGUGCAUACGCUCAUUGUGCAAAGCAAUCUCAAGGUAUCUCAUUACUGUUGAUCAACCUUGAUGGCAACACCACCAUUCAUUCCAGAGUUGAUUUUAACGGUACCAUGUUACAUCAACAAAAACACAGACAUCAUCAUAACCACAGAAAGAGUUCAAUCAAACUGCCUAGAAGUAACAAAAUAGCAUCAAACACAAGAGAAGAAUACCAUUUAACAGCAAAAGAUGGAAAUUUACAAAGCCAGACAAUGCUACUAAAUGGAAAGGCACUAAUUGUAGAUUCAUCUGGAAAUAUACCUACAUUUGAGCCUAUAUAUGUCAAUUCAACAGAGGCGAUAACCAUCGCGCCACUCUCUAUUGUAUUUGUACACAUACCAUAUGUACUUUUGCCUGCUUGUAGCUGAGUUUGUAUUAUGUAUUAAGUGAUGUAUGGAGCCAAAAGGGGUUCCAUUUGAUUAUUGAACCAAUAAGUUACACAGAGAAUUAUGUAAAGAGAAUACAUGUAUUAUUUUUUUCUCUAAGAGAAAAUAUAAGCAUUUAUUCUUGCUAUA